AUUCCUCUCUCUCCUUUCUUCUUCUUCCUCAUCUCUCUCUCUUCUACAAAAGAAAAAUCCCCAAAUUCGAAGAAACCCUAGUUCUCUACCGAUAGAUCGUAAUCGAAUUCGGGAGGUGUAGAGGCAACCGAUCGACAUGGGUAACACAGAUAAGCUGAUGAAUCAGAUAUUCGAUCUGAAAUUCACGUCCAAGUCUCUUCAGCGGCAGUCAAGGAAGUGCGAGAAGGAGGAGAAGGCGGAGAAGCUCAAGGUGAAGAAGGCGAUCGAGAAGGGGAACAUGGAUGGUGCUCGGAUCUACGCGGAGAACGCUAUUCGUAAGCGUAGCGAGCAGAUGAACUAUCUUCGUCUCGCUUCUCGCCUUGACGCUGUUGUUGCUCGCCUUGACACCCAGGCUAAGAUGGCCACCAUCACCAAGUCCAUGACUAACAUCGUUAAAUCCCUUGAGUCUUCCCUUGCCACAGGCAAUCUGCAGAAGAUGUCAGAGACGAUGGAUUCAUUUGAGAAGCAGUUUGUGAACAUGGAGGUCCAAGCUGAGUUCAUGGAGAACGCCAUGGCUGGUUCUACAUCAUUGUCCACUCCUGAAGGCGACGUCAACAACCUGAUGCAGCAGGUAGCAGAUGACUAUGGUCUUGAAGUUUCUGUUGGACUACCUCAGGCUGCUGGUCAUACCAUACCUACUGCGACAGAGGAAAAAGUUGAUGAGGAUGAUUUGUCCAGGAGGCUUGCAGAGCUCAAGGCCAGAGGUUGAAUCAGCGAACCAACAAACCAUGUUUGCUUGGACUAUCUGCCACUUUGGACGAGUUCCUUAUCAUAAUGUUACAGCUAUUAUCCGCAAACACUGACGCAUUUGUGUAUAUUGCUCAUUUUGAGAUAUGUUUUGUUUAUCAACUUUAUAUAAAACAAACCUUCGUGUGUUCAAUGGUAUGCUUUUGAGUUGUGCAACAAAAACAUUUCUUUUCGA